UGAAUCGACAGGCAAGAUGACCAGUCUCACUGCUAAGGACAAGGACACAGUCAAGGCCUUCUGGGCUAAAGUGUCUGGAAAGGCGGAGGACAUCGGCAAAGAUUCUCUGUCCAGGAUGCUGAUCGUGUACCCGCAGACCAAGACUUACUUCUCCCACUGGAAGGACUUGAGCCCCAGCUCUGCCCCGGUGAAGAAGCACGGGAUCACCAUAAUGGGUGGAGUUGCCGAGGCUGUGGGCAAAAUCGACAACCUGACCGCGGGCCUCCUGAACCUCAGUGAGCUGCACGCCUUCACUCUGAGAGUGGACCCUGCUAACUUCAAGAUCCUCUCCCACUGCAUCCUUGUGGUCUUGGCCAUCAUGUUCCCCAAUGACUUCACCCCCGAGGUCCAUGUGUCCAUGGACAAGUUCCUGGCUGCUCUGGCUCGGGCCCUGGCUGAGAAAUACCGAUAAACAGCUGGAGAAG